AUGAGUAAAGAAGUUAUACAUACUAAGGUUGAGGCGUCACGAGUAAAUGCGUUGGCGGCUGUAAGGAACUACAAAGUUUGCCCAAGGCUUGAGUACAAAACAAUAUCAGGUGUGCAAGGUCCUCUAGUUAUCAUAGAAGAUGUUAAAUUUCCCAAAUAUUCCGAAAUUGUUACUAUACAUUUAAGUGACAAUACAUCACGCCAAGGACAAAUAUUAGAAGUAUGUGGUAAAAAAGCAGUAAUACAAGUUUUUGAAGGUACAAGCGGAAUAGAUAAUAAAAAUAGUUAUGUCGAAGUAAGUGGGGAUAUACUAAAAAUGCCAAUGAGUGAUGAAAUGCUUGGAAGAGUAUUUAAUGGUAGUGGUAAACCAAUUGAUAAAGGGCCAAAUAUAUUGGCAGAUGAUUAUUUAGAUAUUAAUGGAAAUCCAAUUAACCCACAAUGCCGUGUAUACCCAAAAGAAAUGAUACAGACUGGUAUAUCAACUAUUGAUGUUAUGAAUAGUAUAGUAAGAGGGCAAAAAAUUCCUUUAUUUAGUGCAGCUGGUUUGCCACAUAAUGAAAUAGGUGCUCAAAUAUGUAGACAAGCAUCAUUAGUUCAAGGGAAAGAUGUAUUAGAUCAUUCUGAUGAAAAUUUUGCAGUUGUUUUUGGUGCUAUGGGUGUUAAUAUGGAAACAGCUCGAUAUUUUCGACAAGAUUUUGAAGAGAAUGGAAAAAUGGAAAGAGUUUGUUUAUUUUUAAAUUUAGCUAAUGAUCCAACUAUUGAAAGAAUAUUAACACCAAGAAUAGCUUUAACAACUGCUGAAUAUUUAGCAUUUGAAAAAGAAAUGCAUGUAUUUGUAAUAUUAACAGAUAUGUCAUCUUAUGCUGAUGCUUUAAGAGAAGUUUCUUCAGCACGAGAAGAAGUUCCAGGUCGAAGAGGUUAUCCUGGUUAUAUGUAUAGUGAUUUAUCGACAAUAUAUGAAAGAGCUGGAAGAGUAGAAGGUAGAAAUGGUAGUAUAACUCAAUUCCCUAUAUUAACUAUGCCAAAUGAUGAUAUAACACACCCUAUACCUGAUUUAACAGGAUAUAUUACAGAAGGGCAAAUAUUUGUCGAUAGAAAUUUAUAUAAUAGACAAAUAUAUCCACCAAUUAAUGUAUUACCAUCUUUAUCUCGACUUAUGAAAAGUGGAAUAGGAAAAAAUAUGACAAGAAUAGACCAUCCAUAUGUAUCAGAUCAAUUAUAUAGUAAUUAUGCUAUAGCUCAAGACGUAAAGGCUAUGAAAGCUGUUAUUGGUGAAGAGGCGUUAUCAAACGAUGAUAUAUUAUAUUUAGAAUUUUUGGACAAGUUUGAAAAGAGAUUUAUUACUCAAAAUACAUAUGAAUCCCGAGACAUUUAUCAAUCUUUGGAAAUUGCAUGGGAUUUAUUAAGAAUUUUCCCAGAAGAUAUGCUAAAGAAAAUAAAGAGCGACAUAUUGUCCAAAUAUUAUCCUCGCCACCAUGCAAGUUAA